AUGUCUGCGAACGAGGCCAAGCCCGAAGCCGUCCCGGAGGCCGUCCCCGAGACCGUCGCCCAGGAGGCCCCCGCCGAGGGUGCCGAGGGUGAGGCCGCCGAGGAGCAGCCGCAGCUUCCCCCUGUUUACGUGCGCCUGCCCAAGCCCAACUCGUCCCGCACGCUGCCCAAGGCGACUGGCACCGAGAACUACUCGUCGCUCAAGCUCUACUCGCAGCCGUCGGAGACUGUGCAGGACCUGAAGCUCGCCGUCAGCGAGUGGAUCGGCGGAUACUGGCUCGGACCUUACUCGCUCCGCCUGCCCGGCCAGCCGGGUGAGGCUCUUUCGCAGUCCAAGGACGGCGUCGACGUCCACGCUGGCGAGAAGCUCAGCGAGUGGCUCGAGAUUGGCGACGUCUUCGCCCACGUCCCCGAGGAGGGAGACCGCUCGCUCGAGGUUGUCAAGGAGCCCUACACUGAGGCCACUGCUCGCGCGGCCGUCGUCCGUCUCCUCGACUACAUUGAGCCUUCGGGAACCUCGGUCCACACCCUGUCGACCCCCAUCGGUGUCGCCCCCGGCGCUACCAUCUUCGAGUCGGUCCGUGACGGCAAGGUCACCGCCCAGACUGGCGGCCUCGCUGCCCCUGUCUACGAGGAGGUCGAGGCCCAGGUCCCCACUGGCGGCAAGAAGGGCAAGGGCGCCAAGAAGGAGACUAUCAAGAUCAAGAAGGAGAUUCCUGCCGAGAACCUGCACGCGUUCUCUGACUGGAAGGAGGAGUGGCAGUCUCUGCCCCUCUCCAAGCUUCCCGUUGCGCAGGCUCCCCUCGAGGUCCUCUCCUGCCUCCGCUCGAUCCAGCUCUCGCCCUUCAACCCUCCCCCGGCGCACCUCCGCCAGAAGGGCCACCAGCUGUACCUGCAGGUCUCGAUCCUUGAGGGCGACGUCUAUACGCUCGUGUGCAACUCGCGCGGCUGGUACGUCUCCAAGUCGAACGUGAACCACUUUGACCCUGCCCCUCGCGCGGCUGCCGACGGCUCGAUCCCCGCCCCGACGCACUCGCUCAUCGAUCUGCUGCACACGCUCUCGCCGCUGUUCUCUGAACGCAUCUUCGCCCUGCCUUCGCUUUCGUCCAAGCCCCCGGCGCUCGACCCCCUCUCGACCGUUGCGAUCCCGCAGGCCGAGCCGGCCUACCCCUGGCUCAUCUCCGCGCCCAAGCCGGACACUGUGCCGGAUGUGCUCCGCACGCAGCUCGCGUACCUGCACACGGGUGCGACUGUGCCCGAGGCGCUCGACUCGUCGCGCGACUGGAACGAGGAGAUCCAGGGCGUCAAGGAGCUCCCGCACUCGACGAUGCAGGAGCGUGUGUUCCGUGAGCGCAUGGCGCAGAAGACGUGGAGCGAGUUCACGCAGGCGUCGCUGCGCGCGAUCCAGGCCGUGUCCCGCGGCGACGUUAUCCCGCUCAACCCCAACGAGCCUUCGCGCUCGCACAUGUGGCUCGCGUCCAACAUUUUCGUGACCAAGGCGAUCGACUCGAUCGACGCGUACGCGCACCUCGGCGGCGACGCUGCCGCGCACGUCUCGCACGCCAAGGACGCCGAGGGCGUCAAGCUCCUCAACCGCCUGGACGUCGAUGGCGCGUACCUCCUCGGCCACACUGUGAUUGACUGGCAGGGCGACCGCUGGGUGUGCCAGUCUGUUCUCCCUGGCAUCUUCUCGCGCCGCGAGCCCGCUCCCGAGGCUGCCGCCGAGGAGCCCGCCGAGGGCGAGGACAAGAAGGAGGACUGGGUCAAGGUCGAGGGCGAGGGUGCCGAUGCCUCGAACCCGCUCAUCAUCUACGGUGUCGACUCGGAGCAGACGGGCACGAUCCACUGGGACGAGGCGACGCACAAGAUCAUGGAGCAGAUUGCCGCGCAGCAGCGUCUCGCGCCCCACAAGGUCAAGUCGGGCGACGACGAGCGCGAGUUCUACGCCUCGGCCGAGGUCAAGGGUCUCCGCGGCUCCGACGGACGCCGCUACCUCCUCGACCUGCCGCGUCUCAACCCCGUCGACAUUGAGUGGCUCGAGAAGGACUACAACGGCAAGCUUGCCGGCCCCGAGGGCGCCGAGGGCGACGCCCCCACCUAUCCCCACCGCAUGGCGCUGCUGCGUACCGAGCUCGUCGAGCUGUUCUGGGAGUCGGAGCUGAAGCGCUGGGCGCGCAAGGUUGCCGAGGAGCAGGCGGCCAAGAAGAAGGCCGAGGAGGGCGACAAGCCCGCGGCCGAGGGUGCCGCCGAGGCUGCCGAGGGCGAGGAGAAGAAGAACGAGCAGCCCAAGGAGACCGAGGAGCCCGCGAUCGACCCCGAGACGAUCGCGUCGCUCAAGGACUUUGAGCUGCGCUUCAACCCGGACGCCUUUGUCGACUCGCUCCCCGAGGAGGGUGCGACCACUUUCGGUCCGGCCAAGUACGCGGACGAGUCUGACCCCUCGAUCAAGGCUGUGCGCGACGCUUCGGUGUUCCUGCGCACGAUUGCCGUUCCCGCUGUCGCGCUCGACGUGCUCACCGGCGCCGCCACGGGCAUCAUGGACGGUAUCUCUCUCACGCGCCACCUGCACGCGCGUGGUAUCAACAUGCGUUACCUCGGCCACCUUGCCGCGACGAUCGACACGUUCUCCAAGGGCAAGGAUGGCGAGAAGCGCGAGUCGUCUGGCUACCUCAAGUCGCUCAAGGACAUUGUGCAGCAUGAGAUGGUCUUCCGUGCGUCCAAGCACGUGCUGCGCCGCCUCGUCCGCGACCUGCUGCCCGAGCAGGUUCCCGCGGCCGUGGCGCACUUCCUCAACGUGCUGCUUGGCACCGAGGUCAACCCCGCCCCCAAGGCGGUGUACGAGCGCUCGGACGUCGGACCGGCCAAGGAGCCCGAGUACGUCUCGCUGACGCCUGAGCAGCUCCGCGCCGAGCUCAUCGAGGAGAUCGAGACGCGCUUCAGGUGGAAGCUGGACGAGAGCUUCCUGACGCAGGGCCUGCGCAAGCCGCAGCUCCUGCGCGAGCUCGCGUCGCGCUUUGCGUUCCAGCUCGCGCAACGCGACUACGCGUUCACGUCUGAGGACGCUGCGGCCGAGCCCGAGGCGCCCAAGGCAGCCAAGGGCAAGAAGAACGCCAAGGCUGCUGCUUCCGCCAUCAAGCGCUCGACGACGUUCGAGCCUGCCGACAUUCUCACCCUCGUGCCCGUCAUCCGCUCCACCGCGCCGGCCGUCACGGUGGCCGAGGAGAUCUUCGAGGCUGGCCGCGCGACGAUUAACCGCGGGCAGGUCGAGCUUGGCCUCGAGUUCAUGCUGGAGGGUAUCCAGCUCUUCGAGUCGAUCCACACCGUGAUCCACCCCGAGGUCGCGGCGGCGUACAACCAGUACGCGUCGACUCUGCACCAGCUGGCGCGCAUCAAGAUCCAGCAGAUGGCCGCGCAGGAGAAUGCGGACCCCGAAGCGCCGCUCGGACUGGACAUUGCAACCGGCCUGCGCCUGCAGCGCCAGGCCGUGAUCAUCGCCGAGCGCACGCUCGGCGUGUACCACCCCGACACGCUGGCGUACUACUUCCAGCUGGCGAUGCUCGAGAACCUCGAGGGCAACAGCAAGGCGUCGCUGACGUACUUCCGGCACAUCCUUUUGCUGUGGGGCGUGAUCUACGGCGGACAGCACCCCGAGAUCGCGACCAUCAUCUCCAACGCCGGCAUCGUCCUGCAGGCGCUGAACGAGCACAGUGCCUCCGUCGUGCUGCUGAAGCAGAGCGCGGCGCGCGCCCGCGCCGCCUUCGGCGACAAGCACACGCAGUACGCGGCCGCGCUGCACCAGCUGACGCAGGCGCAUUUCCUCGGCGGCGACUUCCCCGCCGCCCUGGAGGCGAGCGAGGCCGCGCACGCAAUCUUCAAAGAUGCCUAUGGCGAGGACAACGCGCAGACAAAGGAGGUGGGCAAGAACGCCGAGCUCCUCCGUGCCGUCAUCGACAACGUGGAGCGCCAGAAGCAGGCCCAGGACGCCAUGCGCGCACAGCAGCAGCAGCGCCUCGCCCAGGCUACCGCCGCGGCUCGCUCCCCCCGCCUCCGCCCGUAA